CUCCCUGUGGUAUUACGUUUCUCUGUUUAGCAGGCACAGUGCUGUCAGUGUGUGUAGAGGAGGAGGCUGGGCAGAAGGCGGGGAAUGGAAGCAGGAAGUGCUCGGCUCUCCUCACAGAACUGAGUUCUCUCCUCAUCGUACAGAAUGGUUCAGGAGUUCCAUGUUCUAUGCUGUUUCUCCUGUCACACCUUCCAGGUGCACCAGGUGAAGAAGAGCAAGACAUGGACUUGUAAACUCUGUGGAGAAAAACAGUCCCUGAUAAAGGUUUUUGGACAAGGCUCUGCUGCAGAUUGCAGACGACAUGUCCAAAAGUUGAAUCUCCUUCAGGGUAAAGUGGAGCAAACGGCUAUUACCACCACUGGGCUGAACUGGCAAAAUGACGCCUGUGAAAAUGAUUAUGACAGCACACAAAGUUCUGGGUCGUCGCAGCCACAUAUUGGGGCCCCCGUAAGCUGCUGGAGUAAAUAUUUGGAGGAAGACAGUGAAAAUUCAUGUGUAAAGCAGGAAGAGGAAGAGGACAAUGGUCUGAUUUACACUGACCGGGAACACUUUUACACUCGGCAGAAUAUUAUAUCAGAAGCGAGGAAACGUAAAAAAAUGCCACAGUAUACGUGUGAUAUUAAUGAACAAGAUUUCAAUAGAGACAUACUGAACACUUCCAAAAGGAAAAGGACCCAUGAGGACAGGGCUGCAUCCAUAAAACAAACAGAUGAGCCUUCCUACAUCAAAAAUGAGAACGUGGGUUCUACAGGAGAUCAUGGAAGGAUUGUGUCACCUGCAGAUGAGCCUACUUGCUCUGGUUUUAAAUGGGAGAGAGAUAUUUUGGCUGAGGAUAAGGUUAAAGAGGACAUCUCCAGAACACACAGUCUUCAGAAAAAAGUAACAAAUAUGGACCCGAUUUUAAAUAAAAUUCAACAUAAUCAGAAUAUUGUGCUGUCCUUGUGGUCGGCUCAGCCCAAAACAACUUAUUUUGAAAGUGAAUUUCCCAGGACAGUACAUGAAAGUAGAAUUCUGUCAGAUCAGCCAUCAGGCUGUGCACCUAAGACCAAUGAUGCUACAGCCAAGCCUCAGUGCAGUAUCUUUCAAACUGAUGAAGACUUUGACGAAAACUAUUAACACUCCUACAUUGUAAUAUAAGGACAUCCUGUCAACUGCACACACAGACUUAACCAGCCAGUAAUAAAAAGUGUCUUUUUUGUUUCUAGGAAACUUCACCAUUUGCAAAGUAUGCUGGGAUCCCUGUUUUUUUUAUGAAUACUCUGUCAAGCUAGAAAUUAUUCCAUAUUUUUGACGGUUUAGGUUUUAUAUACUGUAACCCUUGAAUAGGCUUACAAAGCACUAAAAGCAUAAAAUUGUAACCCACAGUAACCAACCUAGUUUUAUUUUACUGAAUUGGGACAAGUACAAGAUUAAUUCUAAAUGGUUGCUAUGGGUCCUGAACUUUUUGUAUAUUGUACUGUUCUACUGCCAGUGGUGUAUAUGUAUGUGUGUGUAUAUAGUAUAGUGUGACAUUGGGGGAUGUCUAGCUUAGUGGUAGAUGCUUUUUCAGUGAGUUUUCAUAGCCAACAGGAACUUUAGUUUAAGGGCGUGGUAGCACACUUUUAUUGAAAGUAAACAAAGAGGAAAGUCCAUACAUGCAUUUGAUUGCCCAUACAGGGGUUCUUCUCCCAAAAAGAACAACAAAUGAAAAAUGAAACUCCACCUGGCUCUUAAGGCUUGCUCAGCCUUGGGUGCAGUACCUUGCUGCUCAGGCCUUCCACUUCAGGCUCUCAUCUGUCUCCUUCAGACUAUUCCCUUGCCAACACCGUCCAUAUAGAGAGCAUCCCCUUACUGCUCUGACCCUCAGACUUGGGUCUCUGGCUUCCCCAGUGCACACCUAGACUCCUCGGGAGGGUGGAGCCCAGAACCCCGGUCCUGACUCUACUAUCAGGCCCAGACACACUUGAACAAUCUGUGUGCCAGUGAGUCUCAAAACCCAGAUCUCUAAGAAACCCCCGGGCUCCAGGUCCCAAAGUGGACUUUAGUAAAUAAUGAGGAACCUGAAAAGCCAGGUUCCUCCUGAACAAGCAAAUACACUGGAGCCCCUCAACCUGCCUGGUUGAGAAUCCGGUAUUUAUACACUAGUGGGGUACCACAAUAAAUAUAUAUCUCUAUGUGGUGGAGGUUUUUUUGUCUCCUUUUGGAACAUGGUGCUUUCUGUUAAAAGAAAAAUGGAAUAAAAGAGAAUUUGUAUUGCUCAUAAAGAAUA